UGGCGGGGGCCGGGGGAGGUGGCGGCGGGGGCAGUUCUCUGCUCCUAGAACCCGACGCCGCUCCCUCAGCGUCUCCAGCCUUUGCCUGGGGCGGGCGCGGGGGAGGGCACUGCGAGCUAGGGACUAACCCCGCGGCAGCUGGCACGUAGGGUAAACUGAGGCACGCGCAAGGCGCCCCGCAGGCAGGUGUCGAGUUCGGGGCCCCACCUCCGAAGGCGGAGGAGGCACUGCUGGUGGCGACGCGCCGAGGGCGGCCGGCGGACCUCUGGAGGCGGCGGCAGGUGCGGCCGCGGAGGGUGGGAGGGAGGAGGAUGGGGGCGGGAGGAGGGGGAUAGGAGGGCGAGGCCGGGGCACCUCCCCCUUUAUAACGCGCCCCCUCCCGGGCUCGCGGGCCGCCUCCUCGUCGGCUCUUCUCGUCUUACCCCCUCACCCGGCCGCCCCGGGCCCGGGGCCGGACAGGGAGUCCCCAGGCAGGGACCCCGGAGCCGUACCCCCGCCCGCCACCCCGCGCAGUCAGGCGGAGGCGGCGCCGUCGGAGGAGGAGGAGCAGGGCACUGCGGCUGGCCCCGGAUCGGGCGCCAGAGCAGCAGCGGCUCCGGCAGCAUCGGCCGCCCGGACUGAUGCAGCGGGACGCACCGCCUCGAGCCCCAGCCCCGGUGCCCCGUCUCCCCGCGCCCCCGAUCGGGGCCUCCGCCUGCAGUGGCGGCGGCGGAGGCGGGGGCAGCGGCGGCGGUGGCGGAGGAGCCUCUGCAGCUCCGGCUCCUCCUGGCCUCCCGGGAACUACAAGUCCCAGGGGGCUUGGCGGCGGGCGGCGAGCGGAAGAGGCGGGGUCAGCGCCGCGAGGCAGGAAGUGGCCGUGGAGGCGGAAGUGGCGCGGUAGAGGAGGGCCCGGGAGCACGGCGGCGGGACCGGGAGUGGCGGCGUCAGCGGCAGCAGCGGCGGCGCCGGCUGGAGGAGGCGGAGGCGGAGGCGGAGGAGGAGGAGGAGGAGGAGGCGGCGGCGGCGCUCUGGAAGCGGCUAUGGCAAAGCAGUACGACUCAGUGGAGUGUCCCUUUUGUGAUGAAGUGACCAAAUAUGAGAAGCUCGCUAAGAUCGGUCAAGGCACCUUCGGGGAGGUGUUCAAGGCGAAGCAUCGCAAGACCGGCCAGAAGGUGGCUCUGAAGAAAGUGCUGAUGGAGAAUGAGAAGGAAGGGUUCCCCAUUACAGCCUUGCGGGAAAUAAAGAUCCUCCAGCUUCUAAAACACGAAAAUGUGGUUAACUUGAUUGAGAUCUGUCGAACCAAAGCUUCUCCCUAUAACCGCUGCAAAGGUAGUAUAUACCUGGUGUUUGACUUCUGCGAGCAUGACCUUGCUGGACUGCUAAGCAACGUGUUAGUCAAGUUCACACUGUCUGAGAUCAAGAGGGUCAUGCAGAUGCUGCUCAAUGGGCUGUACUAUAUCCACCGGAACAAGAUCCUACACAGAGACAUGAAGGCAGCUAAUGUGCUCAUCACCCGAGAUGGGGUCCUAAAGCUGGCAGAUUUUGGGCUAGCCCGGGCCUUCAGCCUGGCCAAGAACAGCCAGCCUAACCGCUAUACCAAUCGAGUGGUGACACUCUGGUACCGGCCCCCGGAGCUGUUGCUCGGGGAGCGGGACUACGGCCCUCCCAUUGACCUGUGGGGUGCUGGCUGCAUCAUGGCGGAGAUGUGGACCCGCAGCCCUAUCAUGCAGGGCAACACAGAACAGCACCAACUCGCCCUCAUCAGCCAGCUCUGUGGCUCCAUCACUCCUGAGGUGUGGCCAAAUGUAGACAAGUAUGAGUUGUUUGAGAAACUGGAACUGGUCAAGGGCCAGAAACGGAAGGUGAAGGACAGGCUGAAGGCCUACGUGCGUGACCCCUACGCUCUGGACCUCAUCGACAAACUGCUUGUGCUGGACCCUGCACAACGCAUUGACAGUGAUGAUGCCCUAAACCACGACUUCUUCUGGUCCGACCCCAUGCCCUCAGACCUCAAGGGCAUGCUGUCUACCCACCUGACAUCCAUGUUCGAGUACCUGGCACCGCCACGCCGGAAGGGCAGCCAGAUCACACAGCAAGCCACCAACCAGAGCCGAAAUCCUGCCACCACCAACCAGACGGAGUUUGAGCGUGUCUUCUGAGGGUCAUCCACUGUCACUUCUCACCAAGGCUGUUCUCAUUUUCCAGCUGCUAUGUGACUUACAUUGUGCAGUUGAUGGGGCAUUUGAGUUUUCCCUCUAGAGCAUAUUUUAAUCCCCACCCUGGGCACUGGGAGCCCCAGCUAAGCGGACUAGAAGAAUGGUUUGGCUGAAAGUUCAUGGAGGGUCACCAAGCCUGCCUCACCUUGUUCCUGGAUUUCUGGGUGAUGCCCCCAACAGUCUGCAUACCUUGGGACAGGAAUAGGGUUGGAGGGGAGGCUCACUACACCGGUGACUUUCUAAGUGUUGGUAGCAUCACGGGAGGAGGAAACAGCCCUGACCCAUCCCCCAAGUCUCCUCAUAGGUUGAGAACUUUGGGGGAAUAGAACCAGCCCCAGAAGUGGGCUUCUGUUGGCUGAGCCCCCAGGACUAGCUGACAAGAAAAACAUUGUUUCUUUAAUAGAAUUUUAUUGUGUUUCUUUUGUUCCAUUGUUUGGAGACAUUCCUGGACAGUUUGGUCAGUUACAAUUAAAGUUGGCGUUUUUUUCUUUUUCAGUAAGUGUGUGCUUUUUAAUUUUUAAAAAAUUAUCUUUAUUUAUUGGAUAGAGAUGGCCAGAAAUUGAGAGGGUAGGGGAGAGAGAGAGAAAGAGACCUGCAAACCUGCUUCACUGCUUUUGAAGCUUUUCCCCCAGCAGGUGGGGACUGAGGGCUCGAACCUGGGUCCUUGAGCACUGUAACGUGUGCUCAACCAGGUGCGCCAUCACCUGGCCCCUCACAUGUUUUUGUUUUUUUAAGAAAAUGCCAGGGGAUGAACUAAGGGCUUCAUGAUGCCACAGAAUAACUUGCCCAACUCAAUUUUUUUGCACAUACAGGGCAGGGGUAGAUAGCAUAAUGGUUAUGCGGAGACGUCUAUACCUAUAGUUCCAGGUUCAAUCGCCCAUACCACCAUAAGCCAGAGCUGAGCAAUGCUCUGGUUAAGGGGAAAAAAAAAAAAAAAAAAGAACCAGACAUCACUGGUACGCGUACUGCCCAGAGUUCAUAUCUACUGCGCCAUCUCCUGGACUACAAAUGAAACGUCUGAGGACCUGCUUUCAUUAUAUGUUGUAUAGCUGAAGGUCAAAGUUGUCAAGAUUCUGCUGGCUGUGUACACUGACAGAAAGACAUUGCAAAUACAAGUUAGAAAAGACCUGUGCAGCUUGAGAAAUUAUGUAAUGGGUGAUGUAUUAGAACUUGAGCAUGAGGUCCUUAACUUCAAUCAAGUGAUGCUGUGGUUUUCUUUUUCCACUAUUCUCAUAACUAAGUGACUCAAAGGGGGGGGGGGGGGCACGCACUACUGCUUGAGUGCUGGAGGAGGACUCACUGAGACGUUACCCAUGGUUGUGUCCUCUGCUUCCCUGUCUGUUUUCUCACUUUUCCUCGGUUACUUUUCUACUGACAGAAUAAAAUGAGACCAUUUUUUUUUUAAUUU